GUAAAACCUCAGUCUGCUGUUCGAUCUGUUUUGCGUUCAAGUCAAACACAAAGUGGGUUGAUUUUUGAUUGAACCAUUGUUUUCACAAGAGUUGGGAAUAAAAUUUGUUGAUUUGUCUGAUUAAACGACGAGAAAACAAAUAUUUCCAAUAUAAUAAAAUCGAUGAGAUGAUGAGUCUAGUCACAUCUUGUCCAGAUUAGAACGGUGUGUCGUACAACGAAAACUAAGGAGUCGUAAAACUCGUAAAAGAGAAACUUCUACAUAUAUGUGGGCGUAUAACAUAUAAAAUAUUUACUUAUUUAGGUUAUUUUACACGGAAAGUAAAGCUAAAUGUCUUCCCUGCAAUUGCUUUUACUGGGUGCGACCCUGGGACUAUUCGGGCUUAUUGUGUCUACGGAAGGAAUGUCAAAUGGAAGGGAUGACAUGAAAAUAGAAGAAGUUAGGAAGUUCACCACAGUAAUUAAUCCUGGAUGUCAAGUACGGUUCGGUGUUAACUGCUCCGCCUUGACAAACAUGACAUUGCUUCACAUUAAGUCUGAAGGGAAAACUGAUUGCUAUCAUUUCCUUUGGAGUUUCAUCGGGGCUCCGACGCUUCUGAUGGCUCGUACGUCGUUAAACAGUACUCUGAAUGUUAAUUGGGACGAAAUGCUAGAGGAAAAUGUCCCUACUCCAUCCAUCACUUUUAACCCACCAGCACUUUAUAGUUUUGGGUGGAGUUUAGUCAAGAUUUGGAUUGCGGACGACAUCAAUGACGUAGUUCAACUAAAUCAAAUUAAUCAGAGCAUGAUUACUGGAUAUCAGACCAAAAAUUUCAUAUGGGAGAGAUUUGAUAAUAUUUCUUACCAAAAUUCUACUCACUUGAGUUACACGCUGACUGCCAAAAAAUAUAUCCACUACUUUAAUGAAAGCAAACAAGUUUUUGAUUUGGGACCCGAUGGUUAUUUCAAGUUUACGAUUCGAAUGAAGAGUUCCAACGGUUAUAGUGAUGUUCUACCAUACAUGCUUUAUUCUGAGAAUAGCACACAAGUCGACAUUGCGUUUAAUGAUGUUCAGUUGAAUCUGACGGAAACUGACUACCCUGGUCACCCUAGAAUCGGAUUUAAAUAUCUCGUAGUUCAGGGAGCACACUUGAAGGACUUGAAGAAUGAACGUAUGCGAUUGGAGAGGACGAAAACACUGGAUGAUGAACAUACGCCUGGAGUAUUUGAAACUCUUAGUGUCCGGACACCAAUUCUUAACAAAACCGAUCAGAGCUUUAUUCAGUGGAAGCCGAUCUGCUAUACAGGAGAGGUUAGAGACGUCAUUGACUCGGUUGACGUUUGGUCCUAUCCACUUCAAAAUGCUUCCAGUGUCAAUGGUGACGAUAACGUACAAGACUCAAUUUUGUACUCAUAUUAUGGUGCUGAUGUGGAUAGUAUGUUGUUGGAAGCCGUCAAUAUUAGCUUCGGAACACAACAAGAUGGUUUUUACAACAAGACUAAACAUAUUUCAUGGACAUAUUCAACUGGAUUUGGUGAACCUCCACAAGAUUUUGUGUCCACUCUCGUCUUUAUCAUUAUUGGAAUCGGACUAGGAAUUCCAGCUUUAAUCAUCAUUUUAUCUAUUACGUAUGUUUUAGUCAAGAGAUUGAAGCAACCAAGGGACGAUUUAUUAUUGGGUCGCUGAUGGGUAUGUAUAGUCACUGAUGCAGGGUCUAAUUUUCUUCAUACUCAAAAAGACAUUGUAGUGAAACGGUAGGAAAAACGGAAUAAUGUGAUCUGCUUUUAGUGCAUGUUUAAGAAAUGUAUUUUUGCCUUUUGAUAAGGUGCUUGAUAAAUUUUAAUAUGCACUCUUGGAAAAGUCAAACAAUGACGUUUUAAAAGUUGUGAAAAUGAAUGAAUACAUGUGCGCAUUUUAAUUAAAU